GAAAAAGACCGCUGUAUCCAAGUCGGUGACGCAUGCCCAACCCUGAUGUAGUACUCAAUGACGAAUGGCUGUAUUUACGUUGCCUUGCGACUGCAUACGUAGUUCGUAUAAGAUGAACGCGUCCAACUGUAGCAUACUGAGUAUACAAUUCAACAAGUCGUUUGCAACAUCCUGCCGAUACUUCCAACCAAAUUUUGUUAAGGGGUCCCCGAUACAACCUGAACACCAUCUAUCUUCUUCCAAGCACAACAAACACACCAUCCAGAAAGAUGGCUCAGACUAUGAAAGCUUGGCAGUACAUUUCUGUCACUGGCGGCAUGGAGAAGAACCUUCAUAUCAACGAGAGCGCACCUAAACCAGUACCCGGCGAAAAUGAGAUCCUCGUCCAAGUCCACGUUAUGGCUCUCAACCCAGUCGAUUACAAGAUGACAGAGAGCCCAGCACCAUUACGGCUUCUAGGUUCAACGUUCAUCCCUGGUUUCGACUUCUGCGGUAAAGUUGCUGAUAUCGGAAAGAACGUGGAUGGGUUCACAAAAGGAGAAUACGUUUUCGGUGGUAAAAUUGGCUCAAUAGGUAAAGGCACACUUGCACAAUAUGUUGCUGUGAACAAGGAUCAGGCUACAAGUCUGCCAAAAGGUGUACAACCAGAAGACGCCGCGACAGUGGGCAUCGUUGGCCUAACUGGAUAUCGGGCCAUCAGCCCCAACGUCAAGAGUGGAGACAAAGUUUUUAUCAACGGAGGCUCUGGUGGCACUGGUGUCUAUGCCAUUCAGAUUGCAAAGGCUCUGGGUUGCCAUGUCACCACCACAUGCUCAACACCGAACAUUGAGCUAUGCAAGAGCAUCGGCGCAGAUGAGGUUAUCGACUACAAAUCCACCAACGUCGUCAAGGCUCUGUCCUCCAAAGGUCCCACCUUCAACCUCGUAGUCGACAACAUUGGCACACCGGCCAAUCUCUACAAAGCAUCUUCUGCUUUCAUCGCCCCUGGCGGCACAUUCGCUCAGGUCGGCAUGACUCCCAACCUCAGUGGAUUCCUCCAAGUUGGGAGCAACGUACUUCGACCGGGCUUCUUGGGUGGUGGUAAAGCGAAGUAUCAGAUGGUGGUGGAACAAGGCUCGAAGAGCAAUCUGAAAGUCUUGGCUGAGUGGAUGAAGGAGGGCAAGGUUAAGAGCGUAGUAGACAGUGUGUUUGAGUGGGAGGACGCGCCGAAGGCGUAUGAGAAGAUGAAGACUGGAAGGACGAAGGGAAAAAUCAUCAUCCACGUGCCGCAGGACAACGCUUGAGUUGGACAUAGUAUGGACUUGACAAAGUUUACGAGGUUUGCGCUUGCACGAUUCAUAUUGGAACAAAGGUAUCCUCUAGUGGUAUGACCAUCGUAGAAAUCUCAUGUAAGGGGAGGAACAGAAUAUGGGGUGGUUGCAACCG